AUCGUGCCAGAUUUUCGCAAAUUUCAGCAAAAUUUAACGCCACGGGUCAAAGGAUUAGGUGGUGAAGAAAGUAAAAAAAACAAAAACAAAAACAAACGUUACAAGGUCUCCUCCUUCUUCAGUCCAAAGUACCAUCGUCUCUGAUUUUCACCCAAUAUAUAACACAUUCAUGAAGGUAAGCCCUCGCUAUGUGAUCGUAAUUCAUAUUUGCAAAUUUCAUGACCUUGUACAUUUUUUCGUUUGAACAAUUCUUCUUAGUACGAUUAUGUGCUGGACAUGCAUGAUUUUUUCAAUUUUUGAUGUAAAUUGAAAAUUGGAUCAUCUUGGUUGAUCUCUCUCCCAAUCGGGAAUUUUUGAUCUCAUUGAUUCUAUCUCUGAUUUUCACCUGGGUGUCCUUGAUAUGUCCAUUUGAAGCUGAAAUUUCUGAUCCCAAUGAUUUCUCUCUCUAAAUUUCCUCCCGGGUCAAUUGAAUCAGAAUUUCAUGUUUCAUUUUGAUUGCUCUCACUAAAUUUCCAUCUGGGUAUGCUUAAUUUCCUCCCCUUUCCCAACCCAACUGGAUUGAACUAUCAUGAUAAACAACCACUCAUUUGGAUUAGGCAGUCCCAAGUCCUUUAAUGCUUACCCAAGAGGUGACUUCGAUUUAGAAUCCGGAACCAUCAAACGAGUCCGAAAGUCAAAAUCUUCAUCCUUUCAUCCCGUCAAAAUGCUUAAAUCUUUUGCCAGUCGUGUUCAAUACUACUACAAGUUGCACCCACUUAUUGUUUUCUUCAUUUUCUUGUCAUUUGGGGUCACAGUUCUUGUAAUGCUCUCUCUUUAUGAGAGCCGGUUCCGUAUGAUGGCUAAUUAUAGGAAACUUGAUAUGGGUUCGGAUGCCUAUCCGUUUGCUAAGCUUCAAAAUCUUGUAAUGGUUGCUGGGCAUUCAAUUUAUACUAGUAGUAGUUGCGAGAAAGUUGAUAAGGAAAAUUCUUGGUUUUUGGAGUCGUAUCAGAAGCAUCCUGGCCAAGCUGCCACUUUUGUAACACAUAUACAGGAGGGGGUUGAGAUUGCAGCCAAAGAUGAUGAGGCUUUGCUUUUAUUUAGCGGUGGUGAGACUCGAAAAGAUGCAGGUCCUCGAAGUGAAGCGCAGAGUUAUUGGGUGGUUGCUGAAUCAAAAGGAUGGUUUGGUAAGCAAGAAAGCGUGAGAUGGAGGGCACUCACGGAAGAACACGCAAGGGACAGUUUUGAGAAUCUUCUAUUUAGUGUGUGCCGGUUCCGGGAGCUUACUGGCAUAUAUCCUCAUAACAUAACUGUGGUGAGUUAUGAUUUCAAGGAAGAGAGGUUUGCAUAUCUGCAUCGAUCCGCUAUUGGGUUUCCAGAGGCAAGGUUCUUCUACUCGGGCACCCCAGCUUCAUCAACUUCAAGGGAAGCAGCAAUGAAAGGCGAAGCACUAGUGAGGGCUCAAUUCCAAGAAGACCCUUAUGGGUGUUUAGGUUCACUUCGUCGAAAAAAGAUAGGGCGUGAUCCUUUUCAUCGUUCAAUCCCUUAUCCUAAUGGAUGUCCUGAAAUUGAAGGCUUGUUCAGAUAUUGUGGUGGAGCUCCAUAUCCAGGUUCUCUUCCUUGGGCUUACUAGACUUGAUCGCAAUAUUUUUCUCUCUCCUGAUCUAUAAACUAGUAUUCUAGAAUUCCUUAGCCAGCAGCAAAAUAGAUUUUGUACCUGACAAUAAUUUGGUUCUUUUAUUUAAUUUUCCUUAAAAUUAAUGUAUAGAAAGAUGAAUAGAUGGAAAAUGUUUCGUUUAUCCUUAUGAGGGAGAUGUGCACUGUUAGAAAAUGAGGUGAAGAUUUACUAAGUUUCUUCUGUUGGUUGAAAAUCUCAUUUUUCUGUU